ACUAAGAACGUAGUGUUUAAUAGUCUAUCAGACAACAAGCAGCAGCUAAGAAGACAAUUCAUAUUAAUUCAAUUCGAUAAUCAUAUCGUGGAAAAUUAUUAACUUCUCAGAAAAAAACUAAUUAAUAUUUGUUGUGCUACAAAAUUUGUAAUAUUACUUAGCUACUUAUUACGUAAAUAAUUAAUAUUGGGUUUUUGGUAGUGUGGAACCAAAAAAAUUUUAAGGUUUUGGUUAGGUACUUUGUGUUUUUACAAAGAUUCGUCAUGCAAGACCAAGUUAAGCUAUUUACUCGCGAAGAACUCAAGGCCCGCAAUACUGAAACCGACUGUAUACUUAUAAUUCAUAAUGGAGUUUAUAAUGUCACAGAGUUCCUGGAAGAGCAUCCCGGCGGCCUCGAAGUUCUCAUGGAGCUGGCCGGAAAGGAUGCGAGCGAGGCCUUCGAGGAUGUCAGCCACAGCUCCGACGCGAGAUCUCUGAUGAAGAAGUACAAGAUCGGUGAGCUGGUGGAAGCUGACCGCACGGCCAGCAAGGCUUCGUUCGCGACCACCUGGAACAACGACCAGCCCCAGGAGCCCAACAACGCGUGGAGCGCCUGGCUCGUGCCACUGCUGCUGGGCGUGGCGGCUACCUUCCUGUACCGUUUCCUGUUCUUGUAGCCGGGACUUGCGACGCCAACUACGCAUCAAUCGUGGCGAACACGUAUCGAAGUAUUGAACUAUUUAUAACAAUGUCAUAAAGAUGAAUUACCAGUUACAUCCGGUUAUCAGUUAUAUGAUAACAGCGGAGAAUACCACACAAACAUCGAUAGAUACUUAUUAAUAUUAUGUAUAAUUCUUAAACUAUUAUUUCAAGCAAUGUUUUCGUGUUGAUUACUGCUGCUUAUUGGACCGAGCCCAUUUGCAAAUCACUUUAACAAGUUGUAGGUAUUGCCGGUAUUACCGCCUAUUAUUAUUAUUAUUGCCGAUAUUAGACAAAUACAAGUCGUGUAGUGUUCUGCACCCACGAUCUGCUACUGCCAUAUGUCACACUAGAGGUGGUCGUUAAAUCCAUAAACUGUUUUUAUUAACAGUUUUAUAUUCGUUAACGAAUUAACUGUUUUUCUUCAACGAAAAAACCUGUUGAGCAUAAUAAGCUACUAAAUUCAAUCAACGUCUUCGCCCGUAACUGGCAAUAAAUAAAGAAAUUUAAUGCCUCACUAAAACAGCUUAAUUCAAAACAGUUGACGAAUUUGCGAACGAAAACGUUGAAUUGAUAUUAUAUUGACGAAAUAAAAACCAAAAUUAUUAAUAAAUGCAUUAACUGAUUUUUCAAAACCCGUUGACGAUUUAACAGUUUUUCAACCUGUUGACCAUUGAAAAAAAAACAGUUAAAUUAAAUUAAUUUAAAAACCUUCAAUGACACACCUCUAUGUCACACUGAGUCGCAAUUUACAUAUAUCUUCACGCGAGGAACUUUUUACAAAACAAUCACACUGUAACGUGCUAUGAAUAAGUAUAUGUAAUAUAAAGAAUGACUGGUGAGACACUAUCGAUACUCGGGGGCGUGGUAUUUGGCGGGAAGGACACACAGCUAGGGUUACCAUCCGUCCCGAUUGAUCCGGACGUGUAGGUACUGACUUAGACUCUAGUAUGGAUUUUGUACCGCACUGUAUUUUGUCCGGUAUUUAUUUUUUAUUAAAUGGUAUAUAUUAAUAUAAACUACAUUAACUAAUAUCAAGUAAGUUUUUAAUCUUUACGGGAAACGAAAUCCAAUCGAGAUCAACUGAGAUUUCGAUAAAAGUCUAGACUUUUUGGAUUUUUAUCAAAAUGUCAGGACUUUUCAAAUUACUAAAUGGUUACCCUACACACUGCGGACCCUUUGGCGCUUGCACUCAUCUAACGAAACAAUCGCGCACUCAACGGUGAUCUAUCCACACUUUUUUUUUGUUUGUUAUAUUUUUAACUUUGUUCAAAAAUUAUGUAGUAUCUAAUUUUUUAUAUAAUUAAGUACAUCAUUUGAACCGACUCCUUUCCUUAAUUGACAUCUUUAGUGUCUCACCAUUCCUACUAUAAUAUGCAUUAGUAACAUAUUAUAUUAAUAGAAUAAUUAGUUCGAUAGACUGCCAUUUAUUUAUCUACCCGUACGUGCAGUGUGCUGAGUCUAGUAAGUACCUACUCAGUGCUCAUUAUUAGCAAACAAUCUGAAGUGCGAAUGACACGCUUUGGCGUCAUAGUAUUAAGUUAUGUUUAAGAGCUGCAGUAACAAAUACAUCUUCUACAGCCAUAACAAAAAGUCGAUAGGGCGUUAAUGAAGUUCACCUUCACAUCUUUGAUUGUCAGAACCAACCAACCAUCGCACCAUCACAGUGACUUGGCUUUUUCGUAUUUACAUAUUACAGUGAUAUUGAAUAAUUUUCUAUAAGAGAGGACCUUGAGAUUAAUUUCAUACUGUAUAGAAUAAUACUGACGCUAUACUUGGAAAUAAAAAAAAGUGUGUGCGUGUAAUAUUUACGUAAAGUUAAACUUUGACGUUUACGACUCUUAUCACUGAAACAAUUUACUUUAUUUGUUGUGUUAUGGGUGUUUAUUACUAACCGUACUAACUCUUGUUGCCUAUUCUUCAGUUCACAAAAAAACCACAGCUAUAUCAACCGAUCAUUUCCUUUUAAAUCAGCUCUUUAUAUACUUCAAUCAACUAAAUUGUAAUAAAAAAUCUCUCCACCAUGACGUUGGCCGAAUCGUCGACAUUCAGUCGACGGAGCCAGUUAUAAAAAAAAAACUUAAAAUAAAAAUCGUAUAACAGUUUUAUUAUACUUUUAAAGAGAUCACAUCACACAUAAAAUGAUGAAAGAAAAGCCUAAUUGCGUUUUUCUCUUUAAUGAAAAAAAUAACUUUUAAAGCCUAUAUAUAUUAUCUUUUCUUAAUUACGAAUCUCUUAAUCUAUAUAAACAUGAAUUGCUGUUAGUUAGUCUCGCUAAAACUCGAGAAUAGCUGGACCAAUUUGGCUAAUUUUGGUCUUAAAUUAUUUGUGGAAGUACAGGGAAUGUUUAAAAGGUGAAUAAAUAGAAAAAUGCUUGGAAAUAAAUAAAAAGAACAAUAGCGAAGUUUCAUACUACAAAAUAUUUGAAAUUGAAUGGUAGCGUCUCAAGAACUGACGUGUACUAAUUAAUUCUCUAUAAUUUUCUGCAUCUACUGAUAUUAUUCAUUUUUAAUUUGGAACCGGGAUAGUGGAGAAAUAAAUGAUUAUUUUGUUUGAGUUUUUAGGUGAGGUUUUUAUUUUUAUUACUUUACCGUUCUAACUAUAUUAUACUUAUCUAUUUUAUUCCAACAACAAUAAUACGGAAUAACACUAAUUCCAAUAAUCUUUAAGGAUAGGAACUAGUAACCAUAGGCAAAUAGUUAAUAAAUACCUAAUUACUAACGUAUACGGUACUACUGUCUACGGUCAACAACUCUGAGUAUUAUAUUAUGAUAAAAUGGAAACUUGUUACUUGAUGCAAUGGUAAUAACAGUUUAUUUGCAACAAACCAGAGUUGGCUGUCCAUAGCUUUAUAAGUAAUUUUAUAAGAGGGAAGUCAAAUGCGCAAUCCAUAGUCGUAGGUACUUCUAAAGUGUGCCUAACCUACACCCGAAUUUAAGGCUCGGGUCGACUUUUAAACUAAAUACUUCCAUUUUUAUAAUCUUAAAAAACUGAUAUAAAAAAGUACCUAGUUUUCUAAUGUCUUUUUCUCAAUCCAAGAUUUUAUUUUGUAGAAGUAGGUAGCAGUAAAUUAAACAAGCAAAAUAUUUUAUUUUGUUUAUUGUUAUAUAAACAGCGUACGUUAGACCAAAUCGUGGGGCAUAUCAUAGUCCGGUAAUGGAGAGCAGAAGUAGUUCGAGAAUCAGAGUUUAAAACGAGAGAAAUAUAUUAUUCAAUUCCAAAACCAAGCCAGGUAAAAUAGAAACUACUUAUUAAAAUAAAGAAAGCACAAAACAACACAACAGCGGUAACUAUAAUUGAUAGGUAUUAUUAGCAUUAGGUAGAUCAUAGGUGACAGGUAUAGAAAUUAGAAACUCAUUGAUCACUCGCUCAUCGCUGUCAGUCAUAUUGACAGAUAGCUUUCCUUGAUCUAACCUAAAAUGGAUGUGAUUUCAUAGUUGUGACAGCAUAUAAUGUGAAAAUGAAAUAAAUAUUUUAUUUAUUUCUCCGGUUCCUUGUGCAAUACAAUUUUAUCUAACAAGUCAAUUUAUCUACGAAGUUUUUUUUUGUAACUAUCCUAACCUUAGACGGUUAUUCCUAUAGUCAGGUAAAAUUUCGCCAUUGUUCUUUGUUUUUCCUUUGAUGCGUACCCCGUCGAAUUUAUUGACGAGACGGUUUGACAGUUAUGCUGUGAAACAAUUUUAUUACAACAACAGGGUGCAUUUUUAUGAAGCAAUUCUUGGUUUUAUGAUAUAUUAUUGACAAAUUCAUAAAAAAACAUUAUUUAUUAUAUACAGAACAACGUCUGUCGGGUCAGCUAGUAUUAAAUAUUAAUCACUCUUUUUAGGUUACACUUCACCAAGACAUUCCAAUCUUUCCCAAAUGUCACUGUCAAGUGACAUAUUAAGUAAUUAACUAACAUAGUACUAAUUCAUUUUACAUACUUAUUAUUGUUUAUAUAUUUUACAAAGAUUGAUGUGAUGUUAUAAUAUUGGUAUUAUUCAUUAAAAUACAAAUAGUCUCUCUCUUUCUAUCUUAACUAAUUUAUAUCUCCCUCUCAACUUCCUUUCACCUCGCCCGAUUACACUUUCGUAACGCUCUCGUCACGCAUUCACGAGCUUACUCCCCAAGUCAAGCGUUAUUACUAUUAUUAAAUCUUUGGUUUUACUUCAAAAAGAAAAACACCUUGUUAUCUACAUCUAGAUAUGCGCUGAGGUACCGUCGUCACGUCCUGUACAGAAUUUUUAAAUGCAAAUUUAAUGUAAAUCAUCUACGAUAUACCGCACCCUACAAAGUAAAUUGAUACCUAGGUGGCUAGAUAUCUAAAGGUAUUAAAUUAUAUUAUAUUAAUAAUUAACUAGGUAACCCGACAGACGCUGUUCUGUUAAUAGAAAAAAAAUGUAAGUAUUCGGGAAUAAUGUAGUCUAAAGCUAUGUGUAAUCAUUGUUUAUGAGUUAAAAAUGAAACAAAAAGAUAUUUCUGAAUGAUUUUAUAAAAUGUAUCUAGUACUAAAAUGAUAAGGAUUAAUACCGUAUUUGUGUAAACAGCUUUUAAGUACUUAAUUACCAAUUAAAAUCGAUAUAGUAUGUUAUCCAUAAGAGAUACACAUAAUAUGCCGUCGCGGACUUUUCUGUAGACUUAUACAAGAUACAUAAUUCCACCAUACUUUUUUUAGUUAAAUCUCAAAGGGAAAACUCCCAGACGGCUUGGUAUGUAUGGUAUGGUAUAGGGGCUCCUAUUUCCUCAAUUAAACCACUAGCAUGGGUCCGUGCAGCUCCUUCCAGAAGUUCAGAACAUUCCUGGGGUGUUCGCAGACUUCCUGGAGCGACCCCGUAUUCCAGUCCACGGCCAGACAGCCUCUGCACUUAGGACUGUCCCAGACGGCUUAUUUUUUACUACGCCUCCAACAAAUAUCGGUGAUAUAUAUAUCGGUCACAAAAAUGUAUAGAAAAACUAAACAAAUUAUAUACUAAAACCUUCCUCGAAAACCACGGUUUCCAUGAAGUGAAAACAGCAUGAAAGUCGGUGAAGUAGCUUUUGAGUUUAUCGCUAACAGACAGACAGACGCGGCGGAGGACUUUGUUUUAUAUUGUGUUGUUAAAACUUGAAAUAUAAUCAUUACUAGAGACCGGAUUAUUUGCUACAAAAAAUGCCCAAAGUAAAAUAGCUAAAAUAUGCACGAAAAUCCACAAAAAGGGCCAAAAUAUGCAUACAAUUAAACAGGAAAAAAUAAAAAGUCAUAUUUUGAAAUAUUUUUUUAUUUUAUGAAGGCUUGUACUGACAAUAGUAUUUGUGAAAAAAACUAUUACAAGAUAUACCUACUUAGGUAACAAUGAAAUUUAAGAUUUACCUUAAAAAUAUAUACUACUAAGUACUGUUCUAAAUGUUCUGUAGACAAAUUGUGUCUACGAUCGUUUAAUAAAUUUUUGUAAGCGGAAAAGGAGCGUUUUACGUCUACUGAGGUUACUGGACAAAAUUUAAAUUCGAGUGCAAUGUUUGGGCGUACUACGAAAAGCAUCGAACGAUGAGCGAGAUCGAUCGUAAAUAUGCUUAAUCAUUACAUAGUAAUGCCACGUAUGUUAUACCGUGGUAUUGUGGACGUUCAAAUUGUGUUGCGUAAUCAUUGUGCAAGAAUAAAAUGAUAAAGUUAUGAAUGAUACAUCGUAUAUUAUCAUGUUAACAUUAUACAUUACGAAAAUUUAUUGAAAGAGCCGUUACUUUGCGGUAAUCCAUAAUUAUCCAAAUGUUUUGAGUUUCAUUUAGUGUUAAUUCCGUCAAUAUUUGUCUUUAAAUAAUUUAAUUUGAAUUGUUUAUUAUAGGUACAUUACAUUUACCUCAUCUCCAAGAAUAUUAAAGGAGCAUCAUGAUCCACCUUCAGGAUUUAAAAAUGAAGCCUUUAUUAAAACUAUUCAACAUUUCAAGGGUAAAUCGGUUUCGUCAAUUGUUUUUCUACAAUAUUUUAAAUCAACAAAACACGUUCCGCACUAGCAUUGGAUUUUAAUUCAGAGUAAUGCACCGGAGGAUGUGGUACCUUUUUAUUACUACUUUUUUUUCCAUUUCUACCUCCAUAAAAAUUAAUCAGCCGAAAAAAUGUUAUUAUUUUCAAGAUGGAGUUGUGAAUUUCGGAUGUAUACUGGCAAUCAUUUUUGAGUUCGUGUAUUCCCUGGUAGACGUUGUUGUAUAUACCAAGAGAAAUACCAAAAACAUUGUACGUCGUUGUGCAGUUCUGCAGCGGAUAGGCGUGCGUCUAAAGAAUGUAGGAUUUUUUUGCCAAUAAGGGACGAGACAGGAAGUUCAACUGAUGGUAAUUGAUACGCCCUGCCCAUUUCCAUGCAGUGCCGCUCAGGAUUCUUGUAAAACCCUGCGUGGCAUUAGAAGACAUAAGAUGUUAAGUCUCAUUUGCCCAGUAAUUUCACUAGCUAUGGCUACCUUCAGACCGAAACACAGUAAUGUUUUCACAUUACUAGCCGGCAUCCUGUGUAAAGGAGCCUCCCACUGGUAUUAUAUUAUAUAAUGUAAAAUAUUGUCUACGUUAAGUUAAACGUUCGAAAGUAGAAGAUGUGUGUAUUGAUAUUCUACGUAUUAUAUGCAUCUCUUCUUGAGUAUUUUCAUACUACGCAAAUUUGUCAAGGAUGUGAACUAUUGCAAAAUAAAUAUAAUAGGUACUUAUCAUAAACAGUUUCGUUUCUACACAGUACAAUGUACGUACAAUAGUCGUGUUGGAUUUCUAGUGAUUGCGACGAAAAUAACUAUGCCUACUUAUUAUUUAAUAGCUGCCAAUGCUUUGAUAUGUGACGUCUGCGGCAGGUGACACGGUGCUUAUUGAUAAGAUAUUAUUGUAAUUUUAAAUGUUGUAUGGUUCAAUGUAAAUAAUCUCUGUGCUAUGAUGGAAUUUUAUAUAAAGGAUAUUUUAAAUAUGUAAA